GUGCAGAGUGGGAUCUGAAUCGCUAAACCCUAAAAAACACGCUCAACCCUGAAAAUUUCCUUCGCAUUGCGCAGCUGCUUUGGCUCCUCCUUCCUCUUCCCCUUUACGCUUCUACUUCAUCUGCCCCAACUCCAAGCAUGACUGCCCAAACUCAGGAAGAGCUCCUUGCUGCCCAACUCGAACAGCAAAAAGUUAAUGAUGAUGAGCCAAUAGUCGAGGACGAAGAUGACGAUGACGAUGACGAUGAUGAAGAUGAUGACCAAGAUGAAGAUGUAGAAGGACAAGGAGAUGCAAGUGGUAGGUCUAAGCAGAGCAGAAGUGAAAAGAAGAGUCGCAAAGCGAUGUUGAAACUUGGAAUGAAAGGAAUUCCAGGUGUCAGCCGUGUGACUGUCAAGAAGAGCAAGAACAUUCUGUUCGUGAUCUCAAAGCCAGAUGUUUUUAAGAGCCCCGCAUCUGACACGUAUGUCAUUUUUGGGGAAGCAAAGAUUGAGGACCUGAGCUCACAGCUUCAAACCCAGGCCGCGGAGCAGUUCAAGGCUCCUAAUCUAAAUACUGUGACAGCAAACCCAGAGCCAUCAACUUUGGCUCAAGACGAUGAAGAUGUAGACGAAACUGGUGUGGAGCCCAAGGACAUUGAGUUGGUGAUGACUCAAGCUGGGGUUUCAAGAUCAAGAGCAGUUAAGGCACUCAAAGCAACAGACGGUGACAUUGUUUCUGCCAUUAUGGAAUUAACAAACUGAGUCGCCUUGCAGUAUGUAACUUUACUUUUGAAGAAAUUUUCUCGUUCUUUUGCAUCGUCGUCGUUGUGUCUUCUUGAGACCUUUGAAGUUCAAAUUUCGGGUUUUCUUUUUAUUAUAAAGUAUUUAAUGUAUUGGUAUGAUAUAACUAUGUUGUGAUGAAUGGUUUGGAUGAUGUUGCGUCAUGUAGGAUGGUAAAUGGACUAGAUUGGUUCA